AUGAAUUAUGAUUAUAUGGGUGCGAUAAAAGUGAAGGAUGGUGUAUUUUUAGGUGAUUAAUUUGCAUCUUAGGUAUAUUUUUCAAUUUUAUCAGGAUCUUGAAUUUAUUGUCACAAAUAAAGUAUCAAGAAUUAUGAAUUGUGCAUCAAAAUAGAUACCAAAUCAUUGGGAAUCAAUAGGGAUUGUAUAUAUGUCAUUUCCUUGGUUAGAUAAUGAUCAAUAAGUAUUUGAAUAUAUAUAUUUUUAGAUUAUUUUUUAAUCAGAUGAAACUAUAAAUAUUGCAAUAAAAUUCAUUGAUGAUGCUUUGAUUAAUGAGGAAAGUGUGAUUGUUCUUUCAGUAAAAGGACACAAUAGAUCUGUAGCAGUUUUAUGUGUUUAUUUAAUGAAGAAAUAUAGAUGGACUCUUUAUAAAACUUUAUAAUUUAUGCAUAAUCGAAGACCUGAUUUAGAAAUUAAGGCUCAUUUUUUUAAUUAACUAUUAUCAAUAGAAACUCGAUUAUAAAAAUAAGGUUAUGGAGCAAAGACAUUUAAUUGGGAUGAAAUAUAUACUUAGGGAGAGAAUGAUGAAAUAUUAUUAAGGAACACUUAUAUAAAUUCUUAAGCUUAGGGUAUAGCAGAAUUUAAGGAUCGAGAUUCUAAGCCAAAAGAAUACAAGUUAUUUAUUAUAUUUAAUUAGAUUGAAAUUUGCUGAUAAAAUUACAAUGUAUAUACCUCCUUAUGAUAAAAUAAUAUUCUCAAAAUGUAAAAGUACUUCUAAAGUUAUUAAACCAAUUAUAAAAGAGUCUGGUUCUUCGAAAUAAAUAGACACAAAAUUUUAAUUACCAUAAAAGUAACAAUAAUAAAAAAUAAAUUACGAAUAGAAUUCAAAUAUUUAUGAUUAAUAAACUUAAACUUAGAAACUAAAUUAAACUGAUCAAAAAAAAUAAAGUCCUUUAUAAAUAUCUCCUAUUUAACCUUAAAGACCUUCAUCUGUAUAAUAAAUAUGUAAAUUUAUUGAAAUAAUUUAGAAUAACAAAAAGUUUAAUCAAAUAAUUUCAUGGAUUCAAGAGAUCAGUUUUAUUAAAAGUCAUAAUAAUAAAAUUAAUUUGCAUAUACUGGAACUCGUAGACCUUAAACAGCUCCAAAUUAGUUAAAAGCCCCCAGAGUUUAAACAACACCAUAUAAAGGAAAUACAAGUUAAGGUUAGAGAUAUGAAGUAGGUCAAUAACCUAAUUCUUAAUUUAAACCUAUGAAAUAGAUGAAAUAGAGAGCAUAAUCACCUAAAGCAGUUUAUAAUGUUUCAAAUCCGUAUAUAUAAAGAGAGUUCAAGGCUAAGACUUUGAAAAAAUGA